UUGUUAGUAUUAUUAGCCAAACGUUUACUUAAAGUAACAAAAAGUUUUUUGUAUUUUUUUUAGACAAACAAACAGAAAAUCAAAUGAUUUAAUCAUUUGAUUAGUUAAGAGACUCGUGUUUUGAUAGUCCGUAUGAUAUUUGAUUAAUUGGUGUCAAUGUCUUGACAUUUGAUCUGUUAAUUUUGGUAAUUGUUUUCUUUGAUCCCGAAGUUAUUAUUGAAGACCAAAGAUGGACACCGCAAAUGUCCAGAUCAACAACAAUGUGACGGUUGACCAAACCGAUGAUGACGGUCCCGAUGACGCCACUGCCGAUGCAUUGGUACAGAAACUGAUCCAAAUAAGUGAUCCCAAAUGCGAUAAAGUGAUGUCCGAGUGCAGCAAUAAAGCCAAACAAAUACGUAAUCAGAUCAACGAGAUAUUGGAGACUCGCGGCGCCAGUGGUGGUGGCGAUGAUAGUAUCGAUAAUGGACCGAAAAAGACGACGACCGAUAAACUGGACAAACGUCACACCAAUGUUCACAUCGAUACCAAUACUAUUAUUCAGUUACAGAAAGAUCUGGAGCUCGAAAUAAUUGGUCUCAACAAGGCUUUGAACGAUGAGAACGAUGGCAACAAAACCAAUGAUAAUGUCGUUUCAAAAAAUAGUAAUAAUAGUAAUAAUACUAAAGAUAAUUGUAGUGAUAAUACAAAUACCGGUAAUGAAAAGACAAGUAUUAAAGUAAAAGAUAAUAUUAACACAAAUGUUGAUCAAAAAGUGGUCACAAGUGUUAAAGAGACAGCUAUUGGCGAUAAGUCAAAGACACUUCAAACUAAUGCGAUUAUCAAAGAGUCGAAACCCGAAGUGAAAACUCAAAGUCAUAGUAAAAAUGACGUCAAAUCAGAUACAAAAAGUUCUUCUAGUCGUUUGCCAUCAAAGAAUGGAUCGAAAUACCGCUUAAGCGCUGAACAAUUGGCAAAAAAGUUGUCGACAUUUAGUUCAGACGCCGAUAGGAUUGCCUACUUAAAGACGACACUGACUGAAGUGAGCGAAGAUAACCGAUCGCUGACACAACAGAUAAAACAAAGCGACAAAACUAUACAUCAUGUAAGUCGAGAAAGAGAUCAGAUCCAGACUGAACAGAAUCGACUUGUUUUGGCCAAAUCGCGACUCGAAAAUCUCUGUCGGGAACUGCAGAGACAAAAUAAACUCAUUAAAGAAGAAAGUCUACUGAAGAUCAAAGAGGAAGAAGAAAAACGUCGAGAAAUAGCCAACAAAUUUCAGUCGACGUUAAACGAAAUAAUGUCUUUAAUUUCAGACAAUCAAAAACGUAAUACUCAGCUGAAAGAGGAAAACGCAGACUUAGCCAUGAAGUUAAAGACUUUGAUGGGUCACUACGAGAACUGGGAGAGACAUACGGAAAAGAUUAUUAAACAAAAAGAUUUAGAAACACAACUAAUGAAAGCAAAGUUUACGAAAACCGAUCUGAUUCUCAAUCAGGAGAAACAGAUUUUUAUUAAAGAGAAGCAACAGCUGAUCCAAAUGAUUACUGAACUACAGAAGAGGUGUACAGAGAUGUCACAAAGUGAAGUCAAACUCAGAACAGAAUUGGGUGUCUAUACCAAUAAAUAUGAAGAGUUUCAAUCAGUUUUGGGCAAAAGUAAUGAAAUGUUUGGCGGAUUCAAGAAGGAUAUGGAAAGGAUGUCUAAACAAAUACAGAAAUUGGAAAAAGAGACCCAACAGUGGAAGCAAAGAUGGGAAACAAGUAAUACAGCACUUCUUAAGCUGUCUGGAGAGAAACAAAAGCGUGACGAAGAACACUUGAAGGCAUUGCAAAAGAUAAUCACAUUAGAAAAGUUAUGCCGUGCUAUGCAAGGGGAACGGGCUAUACUUACUGAACGACUUGGACUCUUAAACAAUGAAUCAAAUGAACAAUUGAUUCAAACGGAAGCACAGCAACAAACUGACAAUCAAAUAGUGUCAGAAAAUAAAGAUUUAAAUGAAGAUAAACAGGAAAACCAAAGCCAUAAUCCAGAGUUGGAACCAAAGAAUGACUCCGAAAGUUGUCAUCAAUGAAGAGCUAACAAGUGAUUUGAUGAUAACGAUAGAUGUCCAGUCAGUAUUGAAUGUCUGCUUUAAUUUUUAUGCSACCCAUUACCAUGCCUUAGCCAUUACUAAUACUAAUCCGAGUUUUCGGUACCGAUAUUCGGUAAAAAGGAAGUGCUGUCCACUGUAUUGGGUUAACCAAUAAAAUUGGAAUUUUAUAUUUAAAUGUGCCGGUAGUUUAAUAGCAGCUUUAUUUUAGCAUUAAUUUUG